GCUCUCGGCGGAGAGUUAGAGGAGUUGCCGAGCUGGGCUCGGGCGGCAGCGGGGCGCGGAGCUGGGUGCGCGCCGAGCUGCUGCCUCCCGCCGCCUCCUCGCCCUCCAUUCCUGGUUCCCCGUCUUCUCCCGGCCACGCGGCCGCCGCUGCCGCCUCCCUGGGAAGGCAGCCGGGGGAGGGGACUGGCGCGGCCGGAGCCGCGGGGAGGUGCGGGGCGCCUGGGCGGAGGGAAGCGCGCCGGGCCCUGCCCGAGAUCAGAUAACAGCCGGAGGGGGAGGGGGCCGGCCACGCUCACUGUCGGACUGAGGGACGGACGCCAGCAGACCCGGCCCGACCGAGCGGCCGGGGGCGCCGUCCAGGCGCGCGCCCCCGACCGGUGGCUGGACCCGGGCGAUCCGCGCCAGGGACCGACGCGCCCCUCGGCAUGGAGCGCCCACUGGGGCUGCCCUGAGGCGGUGGCAGCAGAGGCGGCGAUGCAGCCAGCGCGGCGGCGGCCGCGGCCAGGAGCGGCCGCCCGGAGCUCGGAGGACACGGAGCGCGCCGCGCCCCGGCUGCUGACCGAGCUGUACGUUUUUCAAGCUUCAACUUAAUUUGAGUCUCAGACAUUUCCUGAGAAGUGUGCACAGGAGGGACACACAGCAGCCUGGGGCCAGAAAGACCACCAAAGAAAAGGCUGGCACACUUGCCAACAUGAAAUGUCUGCGAUGUUGUUUAUCAAAACCCAACACAAGUAAAAUAAAAGUUUCCAGAAUUCGAGCCAGAGGGAAGCCUCCUCCAUGAAGCCUCCCAAGAUUUUCCUAGGCCCCCUCCUGCUUCUGAGUGCCCCCGAAUGCUUCUUGGGCCCCUGCAACUGAGUGCUUGGCUUCUGCUCGUUUCAUCAGGGAGUGUCCCAGGAUGCUCUAGUGUCUGGAUCCUCCCCAGCUGGUGCCUGGGAAAUGGCAGCGACUGCUAAUUCAGCCUGGAAGACUGUCACUUGCCCACUCAGCACCAUCACUUAGAAGAUAGAAUUCAAGAGGAGCCGCCCGGCCAGGAGCCAGCCUGGGGGCGAGCUGGGGCGCCCCCACCCCCGGGAUGACUGCAGCCAGCCGGGCCAACCCCUACAGCAUCGUGUCGUCAGAGGAGGACGGGCUGCGCCUGGUCACCAUGUCGGGCGCCAACGGCUUCGGCAACGGCAAGGUGCACACGAGGCGCAGGGUCCGCAACCGCUUCGUCAAGAAGAACGGCCAGUGCAACAUCGAGUUUGCCAACAUGGACGAGAAGUCGCAGCGCUACCUGGCCGACAUGUUCACCACCUGCGUGGACAUCCGCUGGCGCUACAUGCUGCUCAUCUUCUCCCUGGCCUUCCUUGCCUCCUGGUUGCUGUUCGGCAUCAUCUUCUGGGUCAUCGCCGUGGCGCAUGGCGACCUGGAGCCGGCCGAGGGCCGGGGCCGCACGCCCUGCGUGAUGCAGGUUCACGGCUUCAUGGCGGCCUUCCUCUUCUCCAUCGAGACGCAGACCACCAUUGGCUACGGGCUGCGCUGCGUGACGGAGGAGUGCCCCGUGGCCGUCUUCAUGGUGGUGGCGCAGUCCAUCGUGGGCUGCAUCAUCGACUCCUUCAUGAUCGGCGCCAUCAUGGCCAAGAUGGCGCGGCCCAAGAAGCGGGCGCAGACGCUGCUGUUCAGCCACAACGCCGUGGUGGCCCUGCGGGACGGCAAGCUCUGCCUCAUGUGGCGCGUGGGCAACCUGCGCAAGAGCCACAUCGUGGAGGCCCACGUGCGUGCGCAGCUCAUCAAGCCCAGGGUCACGGAGGAGGGCGAGUACAUCCCGCUGGACCAGAUCGACAUCGACGUGGGCUUCGACAAGGGGCUGGACCGCAUCUUCCUGGUGUCGCCCAUCACCAUCCUGCACGAGAUCGACGAGGCCAGCCCGCUGUUCGGCAUCAGCCGGCAGGACCUGGAGACGGACGACUUCGAGAUCGUGGUCAUCCUGGAGGGCAUGGUGGAGGCCACGGCCAUGACCACCCAGGCCCGCAGCUCCUACCUGGCCAGCGAGAUCCUGUGGGGCCACCGCUUCGAGCCCGUGCUCUUCGAGGAGAAGAGCCAGUACAAGAUCGACUACUCGCACUUCCACAAGACCUACGAGGUGCCCUCCACGCCCCGCUGCAGCGCCAAGGACCUGGUCGAGAACAAGUUCCUGCUGCCCAGCGCCAACUCCUUCUGCUACGAGAAUGAGCUGGCCUUCCUGAGCCGCGACGAGGAGGACGAGGCGGACAGAGACCAGGACAGCCGCAGCCGAGACCGGCUCAGCCCCCAGGCCAGGCAUGACUUCGACAGACUGCAGGCGGGCGGCGGCGCCCUGGAGCAGCGGUCCUACAGGCGGGAGUCAGAGAUCUGAGGCCGCUCAGGUGCAGCGUCCCCCCACCCCCGCCCAGGAGGGGCCAAGUUGCCCUCCGUGGGGGCCCCCAGGGUUUGAGCUGAACCGGGGGCCACGUGCCCCAGGUUGCAGACUCAGUAGCAUUUUAGUUGCUUUAUGUUUCUUCGCGGUGGCCUCGGAAGGUGGGCAGGAGAGUGGGCAUCCAGAGCGGGUGGCCCCGGCUUCAGAGCCAGUGCAGGGAGGUGGCAGGGAGGUGGGAGCCAAGGGCUUCUGCCUGAAGACAGAGCUGCAGCUUGCCUGCAAGUGGCUGGGCGGUGGGCGCAGCCUCCGCCGUGGGAGGCUGCAGGCUUUUAACUUGGGGAGAAACACCGGGUUUCAGCUUUCUCAACCUUAGCUUGGGAAAGACUGUUUACAAAACAAAACAAAAAAAGUAACGUGAUUGAAAAAAAAUUUUUUUAAUUCUUGGGGGGCAAAAAUGACAAUUAGAAUUCCAUGAGUCUGCUGGGAUGCAGCAACUGGCUGGGAGCUCCAGAAGGUUCCCGAGGAGGAACUGGCCUCUCCCCUGGGUAGGGGCACAGCCCCUAGGGCAAGCUCGGUGCUCGAGGGCCUGCACUUCCAAUGGGGGCAGACUCGGUUCUGUUUGUGACAGAGAAUCCAAGACCAUGUUAACGAUCAUAAUAAAAGCUUUCUACUGUCACUAGGGUGGAGGGUGGGGGCUGGGAAGAAACUGGUUUGAGGUUUUUGAGUUUGACUUUGUACCUUAGAGGUGCGUCUCAGGGCCAGGUACGGGACCUGCUGUCGAGGGUUCACCCCCACCCUGAUUCUCACAUUUCGCUUCUCUCUCCAUUCUGCCCGGGGCCUCCACCCCUGCCCCGUGGGGGGCAGCUGGGAACCACGGGAGUGGAUGGCUCCUCGCACAGGGAAGUCAGGAUCCCAGACUCAGAGCAGUGGGUCAGCCCUGUCCCCGCUGGGCCCACAGGUGAGUCGUGCCUUAGAGACUCCAGGUGUCCUGCUUGAGUUGUCCUGUUCUUUUUGGGCUCUCUCGUCUUUCCCCACCCCCACUGCUGAAGCCCCUGCCAGCCCCUCUGUCUGUCUUGGGAAGCCAGCAGCACGGGGGAGCCCCGGCCGCACACAGCCAGCCCUGGUCUGCUGCUGAGUGGCAGGGGAAAGAUCUUAGGGAAGGACAGGGAUGUCACGCCUCCCACCAACUGAGAUGCUAGGGAGUGUCCCCUCAUUCAAAGCUGAAUUGAGAAACUGGCCAUGGGACAAAUAAUUCCUUCCUGCUAAGACUUGAGGGCCUUUCCUGCACCCCUGCCCCCACAGUCCAAGCACUGUGGCUUCUUGUCAGGAAGAGGCUCGUGUCACUGGCUGUUGGCUCUGCCGGCCGUCCUGUUCUUGGCAGCUGGUGGGGCCAGGCCUCUGCUGAGGAAGCCCACUCUCCCUGCACUGGGCCCUUGCGAAGGCCGUGUCUCCUGCUCUAACACAUAGACAGCUCAGAACCAAGAGGCAGCAAGGACUCUCUGGCCCAAGUGGGGAAACUGAGGCAGAGAACACAAGGGGACAUACAAAGUCACAAAGUGCGUGGGUGGGGCAGGGUGACAGGGAGGGGCUUUGGCCUAGGGUGGGGCUCCUGCCUCUUCCCUCCUCCUCUUCCCCAGCCACAGCUGGAGGCCUCGCCCGAGGGUGGGGCCAUGGGGGUCUAGACCCGGCUGCCAAGGCUGUCAGUGGGACGGCCCAGAGACACCCACACCCCAUGCCCUGAGGAGGCCUGACUCCAUACCGCUCCAGCCUCAGACCCCACUGGCACGUCACCUCUCAGGAUCUGCCGGCAGGCUCGGCUCUUUCCCGCUCCGGGCCUGGCCCUUGCCAGAAGCCUGGCCGGCCCUCCCUGCCGCGGCUCUGGGCGCUGUGGUGGAGUGGGUGCAUGAGCACUCGGUGCUCUUCCACCCCACCGACGGCCAGGCUCAGGGAGGGCGGCCCGGGCACUCGGUGCCAGAGUAGAGGCCCGAGCCCGCGCUGCCCUUGCGGGGCGGGCGGCCAGGCUCCUGCUCCUCCGUCCAGAGCAGGGCCCUGGCCUCAGGUCCCCAGGCCGCCCCAGCCCUCUCUGCGGCCUGGUGCGCUCGCCUCUCGGGCCCUGGCAGGAGCGCAUCCCGACCCCUUUCAUCACGCCAAAGGCAGGCAGAUGCUGUGUUUUCAAACUCUUCUGCCCUCUUUCUUCCUUCCCCGGUAUUUGAUUAUUUAUUUAUCUAUCGCUCGUGCUAAAGACCAAAAUAGUCUCCCUCUUUAGUGCACCUGAAGCGGGAGGGCAGGUGGGAAGAGCCAAGAGCAGGAAGACUUGACCCCGGGGAGGGUGCAGCCAUGCAAGUGCUCGCCCUGGCCUGCCCGUGGUGGCGCGGUGUGCACGCGCAGCUCUCCACUGUGCGACUGCGUGGGAACGCAGAUACGUGAUGUGUGCGUGUGCAGGUAGUUGCGUGUCCGUCUACCCACAGGCGUGUCUGUGUUCGUGUGUUCUAUGUGGGGGCUGGGCGCCCAGCCGUCAGGUUGGAUGCUGGCUACAGACGCUGGCACGGUUGAGCCCAGCAGCUCCCAGCCUGUGCCCGAUUGUGCGUGUCGGUGUGUGACUGGAGCUUGUGUCCCGGGGGGAGGCAUCUGGAGGUGAGCACGUAUGCCUGGGUCAUGUGUAGGAGGCCGUGUGUGUGUCUGCGUGAACACAUGUAUGUGCAUGUGUGUGCGUGUGGGGGGCCACGGUGGCGGACAUCGUGUGCACCUUGGGCUCGCUGCUCCCAGCAUGGUGGCCGCGCCCCGAGCUUCUGCUGGUGCUGUGCCCCGGGUCCCCGCCCGACGGAGGGUCCUGGGGGCGAGGAGCCUCUGUCGGGAGGCCCUGCACUGGGUGUCUGCCCUGCGUGAGUCACAGAAUGUCAAAUCUACUUUAAACGGUAAAACCGGAGAAUUUUCAUGUUAUUUUCAAUUCAUAGCAGUAUCUAAAGACUUAGGCGAUGAGACUAGACCACAUUAAAUGCAUUUUGAUCUCUUUAA